AUGAUUACAGUCAAGCUAUGCACAAAAGGAGAAUCAAGGACUGAUUAUAUUUUUAUGCCGAUAAAUAUAAAUACAACUAUUCGACAAUUAAAAGAUUACAUUAUUGAUAAAAUAAAAAUAAAACUGAAGUCAAAUGAAACUAUCAAACUUGAAAUGCAUGAAAAUAAACAAUGGAUAAAUAUUGAAGUAGCAAAUGAAAAUACAUGUACAGUAAAGGAUAGUGAAUUGUAUCACUAUUGCACUAUCCGUAUAGUUUUAUCUUCAUCAUCGUUAUCACUGUUAAAUGGAGAAAAACAAGCGGGUCGAUGUGGAUUGAAAAAUGAAGGCAGCAUCUGUUAUAUGAAUAGUGCAUUACAAUGUCUGAGUAAUAUUCCACAAUUAACCGAUUAUUUUUUAAAAUGGAUAAAUAAUUCAAAUAAAAAUAUUGCAAAUGUUUACGCUGAUUUAAUUAAAACAAUGUGGUCUAGUCAACAACGAACGUUAUCACCGAAAAAUCUCAUGCUAACUGUUAGUGAUCAUGUACCGGAGUUUUUUAACUAUCGUCAACAAGACGCCCAAGAGUUUAUGAAUAUUCUAUUAGAUUUAUUACAUAGUGAUCUACAAACAAAAGACAAUGGUGCAACAACUAUUAUUGAACAAUUAUUUCACUGGAAAAUUCAAUCAGCUGUAUCGUAUGAGAGUUGUAAUAAAGAAGAUGUUACUACUGAUUCCGUGACAUUUUUACCAUUAGCAUUACCAAAAGAAAAACGUUUAUUUAAAAUUGAAUACAUAUGUCAAAAUGGUAAACAAGAAUUAUAUCACAUCUAUACUCUUGCGAAUGGUAAGAUUUUAAAUUUAGUUCAAAGUUUUGUUGAUACAUAUCACUUGUCACUCGAAUCCAUUCAGAUUAUACCAACAAAAAUGUUGGAUAACAAAGUUGUACUCGAGUAUGAGUAUGAACAUCCGUUGAGUGAUAUAUUUCAGAAUUAUAUUACGUUUUUUGAAGUAUGUGCGCCGUGUACUUCAAACAAAGCCCGAGUACAAUGUACGUUUCAAAUUUUCAAUUAUUACAUAGAAUUCCGUCCUCCAAUAUAUAUUUCACUACCAUUAUAUUGCCAAGGUUAUGAUAUCAAAAAGUAUUUAGAUAAAAUUAUAAGCGAAAUUUUAUUAAAUUCCAAUGAGAAAUCAUAUGAGAUAUACUUUAGUAUUGAUGAUCAUAAAAAGCUAUUAGAAUAUCAUUUAUCAGAUACCAUUGACUGCUCGAAAAUUUUUAUUAUCAUUUCUGUUGUACAUACCGUGGUAGAUAAAUAUAAACAAACAAACAGUUACAUAGACUGUAUUCAACAAAAAAAAGAAAACGAAUCAGUAGUACAAAAAGAGUCCA